AGUAGAAUUGGAAAAGGCGAAUGAGAAGCAAUGAUGGGAAUAUUUUUGAUUGAUUCUUGCAGCUUUCGAAUCGGUCGAUUCAUUGAUUGACUCUGUGGUACUACUUGAAUCGGCCAAUGGUCGCAUUUGGUUGAUCUUAAGAGAUGAAGUUGAAGCGAAGGAGGGCACUUGAAGUGCCUCCGAAGAUCAAGGCCUUCAUCAACAAUGUUACUGCUACACCACUCGAGAAUAUAGAAGAACCACUGAAAAGCUUUUCUUGGGAGUUUGAUAAGGGAGAUUUCCAUCAUUGGGUCGACUUGUUUAAUCAUUUUGAUACCUUUUUCGAGAAAUUCAUUAAACCAAGGAAAGAUUUGCAGCUUGAGGAGAACUUUUUGGAAGCUGAUCCACCCUUCCCGAGGGAUGCCGUUCUGCAGAUUCUCCGUGUCAUAAGAGUAAUAUUGGAGAACUGCACUAAUAAGCAUUUCUACAGCUCUUAUGAGCAUCACUUAUCAUCUCUGCUUGCUUCCACCUAUCCGGAUGUUGUUGAGGCUUGCCUACAGACUUUGGCUGCUUUUUUGAAGAAAUCCAUCGGAAAAUACAUUAUAAGAGAUGCUUCUCUGAAUUCAAGAUUAUUUUCUUUUGCUCAGGGUUGGGGGGGUAAAGAAGAAGGUCUUGGAUUGAUUUCAUGUGCUUUGCGAAAUGAUUCUGACUCAGUUGCCCUUGAGUUGGGUAGCACUCUGCAUUUUGAAUUUUAUGCUGUGAAUGAACCCACUUUAAUGGAACAGUCAACACAGGGUUUACAAAUUAUACAUAUGCCUGAUGUGAAUGCAACAAAAGAAUCUGAUCUUGAACUUCUGAAUAAGUUAGUAGUAGAAUAUAAAGUGCCCCAGAAUUUGAGAUUUUCCCUUUUGACAAGACUGCGGUUUGCUAGGGCUUUUAGCUCCCUGGAGGCACGGCAGCAGUAUACAUGUAUCCGCCUGUAUGCUUUUAUAGUUCUUGUUCAGGCAUGUAGUGAUACUGAUGACCUGGUUUCUUUCUUCAACACCGAGCCAGAGUUCAUUAAUGAGUUGGUUACUAUGUUGAGCCAUGAAGAUGCAGUUCCUGAGAAAAUUCGAAUUCUCUGUCUUCUUUCCUUGGUUGCCCUUUGUCAAGAUAGGUCUCGUCAGCCUACCGUGUUGACUGCUGUAACAUCUGGAGGGCACCGUGGUAUUCUAUCUAGCCUUAUGCAGAAAGCUAUUGGCUCUGUUGUCAAUAAUUCGUCGAAGUGGGCUGUUGUUUUCGCAGAGGCUCUGUUAUCUCUUGUUACUGUUUUGGUGUCAUCAUCAUCAGGUUGCUCAGCCAUGCGUGAAGCAGGAUUUAUCCCUACUCUUCUGCCUCUGCUGAAAGACACAGAUCCUCAACACUUGCAUUUGGUUAGCACAGCUGUACAUGUGCUGGAAGCCUUUAUGGAUUACAGCAAUCCAGCAGCUGCUCUUUUCCGAGAUUUGGGUGGUUUAGAUGAUACUAUAUCACGCCUAAUGGUAGAAGUGUCUCAUGUUGAAAAUGGUUCAAAGCAGCAGAGUACUUCUGUUGACGUUGACAGUUCGGAGUGUGGUGGUUCUCAAGUAGUUGGAGAUACUUCUGCUGAGCUUGAUAGUCUGCAGCCUCUUUAUUCUGAAGCAUUGGUUUCAUAUCACCGAAGGUUAUUGAUGAAAGCCUUGCUGCGCGCCAUCUCACUGGGAACUUAUGCUCCUGGCACAACAGCUCGAAUGUAUGGCACCGAAGAAAGCUUGUUGCCACAUUGCUUGUGUAUAAUAUUUAAAAGGGCGAAAGAUUUUGGCGGGGGUGUCUUCUCGCUUGCAGCUACUGUGAUGAGUGAUCUAAUUCACAAAGAUCCUACCUGCUUCUCUGUUCUAGAAGCAGCAGGUCUUCCUUCUGCUUUUAUGGAUGCUAUAAUGGAUGGGGUUCUUUGCUCAGCAGAGGCUAUUACUUGCAUACCUCAGUGUCUUGAUGCAUUGUGUUUGAACAACAAUGGUCUUCAAGCUGUCAAGGAACGCAAUGCUCUGAGAUGCUUUGUAAAAGUUUUUACCUCCAAACUUUACCUGCGAGCCCUUGCAGCUGAUACUUCAGGUUCCUUGUCCAGCGGCCUGGAUGAACUAAUGCGCCAUGCUUCCUCAUUGCGUGGACCAGGAGUUGACAUGCUGAUUGAAAUACUGACUAAAAUUGCAAAAAUUGGAUCUGGGCUUGAAUCAGCUUCUCUGCCCACAGAUUCUCCUAGCUGCUCUCAACCUGUUCCCAUGGAAACUGAAUCUGAACAUAGAGAUGUGACCACGAUGGAUGAUAGGGAUUCAUGCAGACCUGGAAGCAGCGAGCAAUCGACUGAUGUAGUACCCGAUGCUUCAUCAAUGAAUGUGGAAUCCUUUUUGCCUGAUUGUAUAAGCAAUGCUGCCCGUCUCCUUGAAACAAUUCUUCAGAAUUCUGAUACUUGCCGAAUUUUUGUUGAGAAGAAGGGAAUUGAGUGUGUCCUGCAAUUAUUCACUUUGCCUCUUAUGCCUCUCUCAGUUUCUCUUGGUCAAAGCAUAGCUGUUGCCUUUAAGAACUUCUCCCCCCAACAUUCUGCCUCACUUGCUCGUGCAGUAUGUUCUUUCCUGAGAGAACAUUUGAAGUCUACAGAGGAACUUUUGACUUCGGUUAGGGGAUCCCAACUCGCUCAGGUGGAAUUUUCUAAGAGAGUAAAGGUCUUGAGGUGUCUCUCUACUUUGGACGGCAUCCUGUCUCUGUCGAAUUCUUUGUUAAAAGGGACCACGACAAUCGUCUCUGAACUGGGUUCUGCUGAUGCAGAUGUGUUAAAGGAUCUUGGGAAAGUUUAUAGGGAAAUUCUGUGGCAAGUAUCCUUGUGCUGUGAGUUGAAGGUGGAGGAGAAGCGAACUGUUGAUGUGGAGCCUGAAAGUGCAGAUACAGGUCCAUCUAAUGUGGCUGGAAGGGAAAGUGACGACGAUGCUAAUAUUCCUUCUGUGAGAUACAUGAAUCCUGUCUCAAUCAGAAGUAGUUCUCAUUCUCAAUGGGGGCUUGAACGUGACUUUAUAUCUGUGGUUCGUUCAACUGAAGGUUUCAGUCGACGCAGUCGACAUAGUUUGGCUCGCCUGCGUGGUGGCAGGACUGGAAGGCAUUUGGAAGCUUUCCAAAUUGAUCCUGAAGCUGGGGCAAGUGGUGCCGAGAAUCCUCCCCAUGGAAUGAAGAAGAAAAGUCCUGAAGUACUGGUCUUGGAUAACCUUAAUAAGCUUGCUUCAACCAUGCGCUCUUUCUUCACAGCACUAGUGAAAGGUUUUACUUCUCCAAAUCGUCGAAGGACUGAAACUGGAUCCUUAAGUUCAGCUUCAAAGACUAUUGGAACUGCUCUUGCAAAAGUUUUCCUGGAAGCUCUGGGUUUCUCAGGGCACUCCAAUUCCACUGGAGCUGAUAUAUCGCUGUCAGUCAAGUGUCGUUAUCUUGGGAAGGUUGUGGAUGACAUGAUGGCUCUUACGUUUGACAGUAGGCGGCGCACUUGUUACACUGCAAUGAUUAAUAACUUCUACGUCCAUGGAACCUUCAAAGAGCUUCUUACAACAUUUGAAGCAACAAGUCAGUUGUUGUGGACUGUUCCUUACACUAUUUCCACAUCAGGUGUUGAUAACGAAAGGAGUGGUGAGGGGAGCAAACUGUCUCACAUUUCAUGGUUGCUUGAUACACUACAGAGUCAUUGUCGUGAACUCGAGUAUUUUGUGAACUCUGGGUUACUGCUAUCAUCAACGUCGGCAUCUCAGGCUCAGCUACUUGUUCAACCUGUUGCAGUAGGUUUGUCCAUUGGGCUGUUCCCUGUUCCUAGAGACCCGGAGACAUUUGUCCGCAUGCUUCAGUCACAAGUUCUGGAUGUUAUACUUCCUGUCUGGAACCAUCCAAUGUUUCCUAAUUGUAGUCCUGGUUUUAUCACUUCAAUCAUUUCACUAAUUACUCAUGUAUACAAUGGCGCUAGUGAUGUGAAACAGAAUCGCAAUGGAUUAUCUGGGACUGCGAACCAACGCUUCAUGCCUCCUCCUCCUGAUGAAGCAACCAUUGCUACAAUUGUUGAGAUGGGUUUUUCAAGAGCAAGAGCUGAGGAGGCAUUGAGAAGAGUGGAAACAAAUAGUGUUGAGAUGGCAAUGGAAUGGUUAUUCAGUCAUGCUGAAGAUCCUGUGCAGGAGGAUGAUGAGCUGGCUCGUGCACUGGCUUUAUCUCUAGGAAGUUCAACAGAAACACCUAAAGUUGAGGGUGCUGACAAGCCUGCUGAUGUCCUUUCGGAAGAGGGUCAAGCAAAGCCACCUCCUUCUGAUAACAUCCUUGCUGUGGCGAUGAAAUUGUUUCAGAGUAGUGACUCGAUGGCUUUCCCGCUGACAGAUUUGCUUGGGACUCUUUGCAGCAGGAACAAAGGGGAAGACCGCUCAAAAGUAAUUUCUUAUCUUGUUCAGCAGCUGAAGCUUUGCCCUCUUGACUUUUCCAAGGAUAGCUGUGCAUUGGGUAUGAUCUCGCAUACUGUAGCAUUGCUUCUUUCUGAAGAUGGAAGUACCCGAGAAAUUGCUGCACAAAAUGGGGUUGUCUUGAUUGCAAUUGAUAUCUUGAUGAAUUUUAUGGCCAGGACGGAGGCUUCAAAAGAGCUCCUUGUCCCUAAAUGCAUCAGUGCUUUACUUCUUAUCUUGGAUAAUUUGGUGCAGCCCAGGCCCAAGAUAUCUUCUGAUGCUGAUGAGGGAACAGUACCGGGGUCUUUAUCUGGCUCGUCAGGAAAGCAAAUAUCACCCGAGGCAAUAGAGGAAAAGUCAAUAUCAGCUGAUGUAGAGAAGGAUGACUCUGCUAAGGCUGGUUCUGCAUUUGAAAAAAUUCUUGGAAAACCAACAGGUUAUUUGACGAUGGAGGAGGGUCGUAAGGUACUGGUAAUUGCUUGUGACUUGAUUAGAAGACAUGUACCCCCUAUGAUUAUGCAGGCUGCUCUUCAGUUAUGUGCUCGCUUGACAAAAUCGCAUGCUCUGGCUGUGCAAUUCCUUGAAAGUGGUGGUCUGGUUGCCCUUUUUGGCCUUCCAAGAAGUUGCUUCUUUCCUGGUUAUGAUACCUUAGCAUCUGCUAUUGUUCGACAUCUUCUUGAAGAUCCUCAGACUCUGCAAACAGCUAUGGAGCUAGAGAUACGGCAAACUCUGAGUGGAAGCAGGCAUGGUGGACGUAUAUCAGCAAGAACAUUUUUGACAUCAAUGGCACCUGUUAUAUCCAGAGAUCCAGGGGUCUUCAUGAGGGCAGUAGCUGCUGUAUGUCAGUUGGAGUCAUCAGGAGGCAGGUGCAUUAUCAUGCUAUCUAAAGAUAAAGACAAAGAGAAAGAGAAGUUAAAAGCAUCUGGCAUUGAGACUGGAGUAUCUACUAACGAAUGUAUACGAAUAACUGAAAGUAAGGCACAUGAUGGAUCUAUUAAGUACUCCAAAGUCCACAAAAAGGUUUCAGCUAAUCUUACUCAAGUAAUAGAUUAUCUUCUUGAAAUUGUAUCCACAUAUCCUUCACACAGUGGAGAAGAUGAUUGCUCAGGCCAUCCAAGUGCUAUGGAAGUAGAUGAACCAACUAACAAAAUGAAGGGUAAAUCAAAGGUUGAUGAAACAAUAAAGAUAGGAUCAGACAGUCUGUCAGAGAAAUCUGCAGCCCUAGCUAAGGUUACAUUUGUUCUGAAGUUAUUGAGUGACAUUCUACUUAUGUAUGUUCAUGUUGUUGGAGUAAUCUUGAGACGAGAUCUGGAAAUGUGUCAACUGCGUGGGUCAAGUCAUUUUGAAUGUCCUGGACAGGGGGGCAUAGUUCAUCAUGUUUUGCAUCGACUUCUUCCCCUCUCAAUAGAUAAAUCUGCUGGCCCUGAUGAAUGGAGAGACAAGCUCUCUGAAAAAGCUUCAUGGUUUUUGGUUGUAUUGGCUGGCCGCUCUAGUGAAGGAAGGAGAAGGGUGGUGAAUGAACUUGUCAAAGCCUUAUCUUCAUUUAUCAAUGUUGAAGGCGAUUCAUCAAUUAGCAGUUUGUUACCUGAUAAGAAGGUCCUUGCUUUUGUCGAUUUGGUAUAUUCCAUUUUAUCAAAGAAUUCUUCGUCCAACAACUUACCUGGUUCUGGGUGUUCACCUGACAUUGCCAAAAGCAUGAUAGAUGGAGGAAUUGUGCAUUGCCUCUCUGGCAUUCUUCAGGUAAUUGACUUGGACCAUCCUGAUGCCCCCAAAGUUGUAAACCUCAUACUUAAGUCGUUGGAAAGCUUGACUAGAGCAGCCAAUGCUAGUGAACAAGUUUUCAGAGCUGAUACACUGCACAAGAAAAAAGUAAAUGGUUCAGGUGGAAGGCCUGAUGCACAGCUUGUUGGCACUGCUGCUUCUCAAGAAUCACAAUCUACUGAUAACAGAAACAGUCAAAAUGGGCUUACCGGCAAUUCUGGCUCAGAAGCGCAGCCCCCAGAUAUCUCUCAGAAUGAUGAUGAUCAUAAUGAAAAUCAAAAUCAGUCUGCGGAGCAAGAGAUGAGGAUUGAGGAGGAUCCAACUACUGAUUCACCUGUGGAUCUUGGGGUGGAUUAUAUGCGUGAAGAUAUGGAAGAAAGUGGUGCUGUACCCAAUACAGAACAAAUUGAAAUGGGUUUUCAUGUAGAAAAUAGAGUAGAUGAUGAUAUGAAUGAAGAAGAGGAUGACAUGGGUGAUGAUGGGGAGGAUGAUGAUGAUGGGGAGGAUGAGGAUGAAGAUAUAGCUGAAGAUGGCACUGGUCUGAUGUCCUUGGCUGAUACAGAUGUGGAGGACCAUGAUGAUGCUGGCCUGGGAGAUGAAUAUAAUGAUGAUAUGGUUGAUGAAGAGGAUGAUGAUUUCCAUGAAAACCGUGUUAUUGAGGUAAGGUGGAGAGAAGCCCUUGAUGGAUUAGAUCAUUUGCAAGUACUUGGACAACCUGGAACAGGGGGAGGGCUAAUUGAUGUCUCUGCUGAAGCCUUUGAAGGGGUGAAUGUUGAUGACUUCUUUGGAAUUCGUAGAUCUUUUGGCUUUGAGCGUCGUCGUCAGGCUAACAGGACUUCCUAUGAGCGCUCGGUUACAGAAGGGAAUGGUCUUCAACAUCCUCUCCUUUUGAGGCCGUCAAACUCUGGCGGUUUAGUUUCAAUAUGGUCCUCUGCUGGGAAUUCAUCCCGGGAUUCAGAAGGCCUUUCUGCUGGUAACCUUGAUGUAGCCCAUUUUUAUAUGUUUGAUGCUCCUGUUCUUCCUUAUGACAAUGCACCAUCUAAUCUAUUUGGUGAUCGGCUGGGUGGUUCUGUACCAACCCAACUAGGUGAUUUUUCUGUUGGUUUAGAGUCAUUGCGUGGAUCAGGUCGAAGAGGACUAGGUGAUGGCCGGUGGACUGAUGAUGGCCAACCCCAAGGUGGUGGUCAUGCUGCUGCAAUUGCUCAGGCAGUUGAAGAGCAGUUCAUUUCUCAAUUAAGUAAUAAUGUUACUGCUGAAAGGCUUUCUCAGAACCCAGGAUUGGUGGGAAGACAGGAAGGAGAUCCCAUUUUGGCAAUCGAUAAUCAACUGGCAUUAGGGGUUGAUAAUUCUGAUGUUCAACUAAACGACUAUCAGAAUAUUAAUAAUGAUCAGCAAGAUAAUCAACUAGCUGAAGUUCAGUCUCAGGAAGUAAAUACAGAGGUAGGUGGUCAACAAUUAGGUGAAGGCCAACAAGCAAUGGAAGAUGUGCCAUGUGAGAUUGAUAAUAAUAGCAUGGGAACUAGGGAUGGAAAUGCUAUUGACAGUCAGCUUUUGGAGACAGCUUCAGGAUCCGUUGCUCAGGAUGGUGAGCCUUUCGACAGCACUUCAGAUGGUCUUGGAAAUUCUUGCACCCCUUAUGAAGGGGAUGGCUGUGAUAUAUCCUUAGAGCCGGAUAAUCAGUCUAGUUGUCAUGCUCAUUUGGUCUCUGAAUCUGAUAUGCUAGGUCCCGGUACUCAUCAUGCUUCUUCAGUUCCAGAAAGUGGUGAUGUUGAUAUGAGUAUUGCUGAAGUGGAAAGAGAUCAGACUGGCUCACAAUUUCCGCUUUCUGAGAUCAAUCUAGAGGAGCCAUCACCACAACAAAAUAGUCUGGCUGGUCAAGAAGCAGGCCAAACAGAUGAAAGUGGUUUGAACAAUGAGGCUCCUAAUGCAAAUGGUAUAGACCCAACAUUUUUGGAGGCGCUUCCAGAAGAUCUUCGUGCAGAGGUUCUUGCUUCACAGCAAGCUCGCUCUGCUCCAGCUCCUACUUAUGCACCUCCUACAGUUGAGGACAUUGAUCCUGAGUUUUUGGCUGCUCUUCCUCCUGAUAUUCAAGCUGAGGUUCUUGCUCAACAACGAGCACAAAGAAUUGCGCAGCAAUCAGAAGGACAACCAGUUGACAUGGACAAUGCUUCAAUCAUUGCCACUUUUCCCGCUGAACUGCGUGAAGAGGUGCUUUUGACUUCUUCGGAGGCGCUAUUAUCAGCAUUGCCAUCUCCUUUACUUGCUGAAGCACAAAUGCUCAGAGACAGAGCAAUGAGUCAUUAUCAUGCUCGCAGCUUGUUUGGAAGUAGCCAGAGACUCAAUAGCCGGGGAAAUAGAUUGGGUUUUGACAGGCAGACAGUGAUGGACAGGGGUGUCGGAGUCACUAUUGGGCGGACGGCUUCUUCUAUUGCUGAGAAUUUGAAGUUGAAAGAACUUGAAGGAGAACCACUUUUGGACGCUAAUGGCUUGAAAGCAUUAAUCCGUCUAUUACGACUGGCACAGCCUCUCGGGAAAGGUCUAUUGCAGAGACUUCUGUUGAACUUGUGCUCUCACAAUGAUACAAGAGCAAUUCUAGUUCAACUGCUGCUUGAUAUGAUCAAGCCUGAGACUCUAGGCAUAGCUGGUGGACUUACUUCAAUGAAUACACAGAGGCUUUACGGAUGUCAAUCUGAUGUUGUUUAUGGCCGAUCUCAAUUGUGUGAUGGUGUUCCUCCACUAGUUGUGCGACGGGUACUCGAGAUUUUGACCUAUUUGUCCACAAACCAUUCGGGUGUUGCCAGUCUUCUGUUUCACUUUGAGGGCUCAAAUAUUACUGAAUUAGCUUAUGUAAACCAUUCAGAAGGCAAGGAUGAAAGGGGCAAGAAUAAAAUCAUUGGGGAACAGCAUCAUAUCCUUUCUGGAAACUUACAGAGCAAGGAUGUUCCAUUGAUAUUGCUUCUUAGACUUCUGAGUCAACCACUUUUCUUAAGGAGUAUUGCGCAUCUUGAGCAGGUCAUGGGUUUGCUGCAAGUAGUUGUGUAUGCUGCAGCAUCCAAGAUAGAUAUCCAUUCUAAAACUGAAGAAACAGCACCUAAUGCUGAAACACCUUCUGGCAAUGAAAAUACCAGCAAUAUUCAGAAAGAGCCUCAUGUAUUGGGAGUAGAAUCCACUCAACUUGACCAAAGCACCCAUACUUUGAACUCCAAAUCAGAUGGUCAGAGAAGCUUAGGGGCUUAUGAUAUCUUCUUACUACUGCCGCAAUCAGAUUUGCAUAAUCUCUGUGCUCUUCUUGGGCAUGAAGGGCUUUCGGACAAAGUUUACACAUUGGCUGGUGAUGUGCUAAGGAAGUUGGCCUCUGUCGCUGCUACGCAACGCAAAUUUUUCAUUUUGGAGCUUUCAGAGUUAGCCCAAAGGUUGAGCAGCUCAGCUGUCAAUGAACUUAUAACACUUAGGGAUACACACAUGCUUGGACUGAGUGCUGGAUCGAUGGCUGGUGCUGCUGUUCUUCGAGUUCUGCAGAUUCUGAGCUCGCUUACUUCCAUUGGCAGUGACACUGAUAAGUAUAGAGUGGAUGAUGAGGAACAGGAAGAGCAUGCUACCAUGUGGAAGUUAAAUGUUGCAUUGGAGCCACUAUGGAAAGAACUAAGUGAAUGCAUUGGUAAAAUGGAAUCUGAGUUGAGUCAAAGCUCAAACUCUUCAGUUGUCUCAACCAUUAGCAUUGGGGAUCAGAUACAGGGUUCUUCUUCGGCAUCUCCUCCUCUUCCCCCUGGAACUCAGAGACUUCUGCCUUUCAUUGAGGGCUUUUUUGUUCUUUGUGAAAAACUACAGGCUAACAGUUCGACAUUGCAGCAAGAUAAUAACAAUGUGACAGCAAGAGAAGUGAAAGAGUCUGCUGGACUUUCAGUUCCAUCGUCUAUUAAGGGUGUAGAUUCUUACAGAAGACUUGAUGGGUCUGUCACAUUUGUCAGAUUUGCUGAAAAGCACCGUCGUCUUCUGAAUGCUUUUGUAAGGCAGAAUCCUGGUCUAUUGGAAAAAUCACUCUCAAUGCUGCUGAAAGCUCCUCGGCUGAUUGAUUUUGACAACAAAAGGGCUUAUUUCCGUUCCAGGAUUCGGCAGCAGCAUGACCAACACCUCUCAGGUCCACUACGCAUUAGUGUUAGGCGUGCAUACAUUUUGGAGGAUUCAUAUAACCAGCUUCGCAUGCGACCAAGUCAAGACCUUAAGGGACGGCUGAAUGUGCAUUUUCAAGGUGAAGAGGGUAUUGAUGCUGGUGGUUUGACAAGAGAAUGGUAUCAAUUAUUGUCAAGGGUCAUAUUUGACAAAGGAGCUUUGCUUUUCACCACUGUCGGAAACAAUGCAACUUUUCAGCCAAAUCCUAAUUCUGUAUAUCAAACUGAACAUCUUUCUUAUUUCAGAUUUGUAGGCCGUGUGGUUGCCAAGGCAUUGUUUGAUGGACAGUUGCUUGAUGUCUACUUUACUCGCUCCUUUUACAAACACAUCCUGGGUGUAAAGGUCACUUAUCAUGACAUAGAGGCUGUUGAUCCUGAUUACUACAAAAAUUUGAAAUGGAUGCUGGAGAAUGAUGUAAGCGAGAUACCAGAUCUGACAUUUAGCAUGGAUGCGGAUGAAGAAAAACACAUACUUUAUGAGAAGACAGAGGUUACUGACUAUGAGCUCAAACCGGGAGGAAGAAAUAUAAGAGUGACGGAGGAAACAAAGCAUGAAUAUGUAGACCUCGUUGCGGAUCACAUUUUGACAAAUGCUAUCCGGCCUCAAAUAACUUCAUUCCUUGAAGGUUUUAAUGAAUUAGUACCGCGGGAACUUAUUUCUAUUUUUAAUGAUAAAGAGCUGGAAUUAUUGAUCAGUGGUCUGCCGGAAAUUGAUUUGGGUGAUCUUAAAGCAAACACCGAGUAUACUGGUUAUACUGCAGCAUCCAAUGUUGUUCAGUGGUUUUGGGAGGUUGUUGAAGGAUUCAACAAGGAAGAUAUGGCAAGAUUCCUCCAAUUUGUAACAGGAACCUCAAAGGUUCCUUUAGAAGGUUUUAAGGCACUGCAAGGCAUAUCUGGUCCACAGAAGUUUCAGAUUCACAAAGCAUAUGGAGCUCCUGAGAGACUUCCAUCAGCGCAUACUUGCUUUAACCAACUGGACCUUCCGGAGUAUCCUUCUAAGGAACAGCUUCAGGGUCGUUUGUUACUGGCAAUCCACGAAGCUAGUGAAGGAUUUGGAUUUGGUUGAUUCUGAUGAUUUAGUGUGCUGCUUCGCACUGCUUCUGGGUUCUUCUCUGCAAUAUACGAGUUAGUUAUGCUUUACUUUGAUUUUGAAUUUAAUUUUGUACUGUUGGCAUCGACUCGGAGCUCACACGUGUUCACACUUUAGCCAUCUUUUAUCUUAGGCUGCUUCAGACAUUGGAGAAGCAGUAUAAUGAAAUUAGGCAAUUGUGUUGAAUCAG